AGGUUGGUGAGAGAUUAUAGUAGGCUACGUCUCACCGUCCAUAUCUUCUCAACAUGAUAUCAACGGUGUAAAAGCAUUACAACAUUAUACACCCAUAACACACGAUCACAUCUACACCAACCAUAUAAACCGAAGGGACGUUAGCACGAGAAGAGCGGACAAAACAGAGAGCGAGUCGAACUCCGAGUCACACGGCAAGUUAUUCUCCUCCACUCACUCUUUAUCUCAGUAUAUCUCUCAUCUUCUCCUCGUUACUCUGCUCUUCUCUCCUCAAGAUCUUGAACCCUCUCGUUAACAGAAAUGGAAACGUUCCUAUUCACAUCUGAAUCAGUCAACGAGGGACAUCCCGACAAGCUCUGCGACCAAGUUUCCGACGCCAUCCUCGAUGCUUGCUUAGAACAAGACCCUGAAAGCAAAGUCGCUUGCGAGACAUGCACCAAGACCAACAUGGUCAUGGUGUUCGGCGAGAUCACGACCUCUGCUAAAGUAGACUACGAGAAGAUCGUUAGAUCCACUUGCAGAGAGAUCGGUUUCAUCUCAGCCGAUGUUGGUCUCGACGCUGACAAGUGCAACGUCUUGGUCAACAUCGAGCAACAGAGUCCCGACAUUGCUCAGGGAGUCCACGGUCAUUUAACCAAGAAGCCUGAGGAUAUCGGAGCUGGUGAUCAGGGACAUAUGUUCGGUUACGCUACAGAUGAGACGCCUGAGCUAAUGCCGUUGACUCAUGUCUUGGCCACCAAGCUUGGUGCUAAGCUUACUGAAGUGAGGAAGAACAAGACUUGUCCCUGGCUGAGACCUGAUGGUAAGACGCAAGUCACCGUCGAGUACAAGAACGAUGGUGGAGCCAUGAUUCCCAUUAGAGUCCACACGGUCUUAAUCUCAACUCAGCAUGAUGAAACCGUCACCAACGAUGAGAUCGCCGCUGACUUGAAGGAGCAUGUGAUCAAGCCGGUUAUUCCCGCUAAGUACCUUGAUGAGAACACCAUCUUUCACCUAAACCCAUCUGGUCGUUUUGUGAUCGGAGGGCCUCACGGUGAUGCUGGACUCACGGGGAGGAAGAUCAUCAUCGACACUUAUGGUGGUUGGGGUGCUCACGGUGGAGGUGCUUUCUCAGGGAAAGACCCGACCAAGGUUGAUAGAAGUGGUGCUUACAUCGUUAGGCAGGCUGCAAAGAGUGUGGUUGCAGCGGGACUCGCACGCCGCUGUAUAGUCCAAGUGUCGUACGCUAUUGGAGUACCUGAGCCUCUCUCGGUGUUUGUUGAUACUUACAAGACCGGGACCAUACCAGACAAGGAUAUACUCGUGUUGAUCAAGGAGGCCUUUGACUUCAGGCCGGGCAUGAUGGCUAUUAACCUUGACUUGAAGAGAGGAGGUAACUUCAGGUUCCAGAAAACAGCUGCGUAUGGUCAUUUCGGACGUGACGACCCUGACUUCACUUGGGAGGUCAUCAAGCCACUCAAGCCCAAGGCUUAAAAAAAAAAGCUGGCUAUUGCAAGAACUCUGAGUUGUUGAGACACUUACCAUUAUUAUUGCAAAAGAUUUGAAUAAUCCCUUACACUCACAUAUGUUUUUGCUGCCAUUUGAACUCGGAACACAAGGCCAAUGGUCAGAAGAUUUGAAUUUGAUCAUGUUUUGAAUUUUCUGCCUCUUUUUCUUUCUUUCUUAAUAUAUCUUGUAUUGUAAUUUUGAUUGUGUAAUCAAGAAAUCCAUUGUUGUAGUGUUAAACAUUAAUUAUAAUUA